AUGGAUCAAGCAAAUGCAAAACUACUUGAAAAACUGGCCGCUGACCCAUCCAUGCUAGCACAACUAACAAAUCAAGAGGAAACUGGUAAUGGUGAUGAAAAUAAAGAACUAACCAUAGAUGAAGAAUAUGAUCUAUGGAAAUCAAACGUACCAUUAAUGUACGAUUUCGUUAGUGAAACAAAAUUGACUUGGCCAACUUUAACUGUGGAAUGGUUACCAUCAUCACAUUCAUCUACUCCCGUUUCAAAUAGACAAGAACUUAUCUUGGGGACUCAUACUUCUGGUGAAGAAGAUAAUUAUUUGAAAAUUGCAGCCAUUGAUUUACCAGAUGAAGUAGUGCAACCUUCCACAAAUUCCCUGAAAGCUCAACGUGAAGAUGAUGAAGAUGAAGAUGAUCAGAAACAAAAACCUCGUUCUAAUAUCAAGAUUGUUAAAAAGUUCAAACAUGAAGAGGAAAUUACAAGAGCUCGUUUCAUGCCUCAAAAUACUGACAUAAUUGCAACAAUUAAUGGAUCAGGUACAGUAUUUAUAUAUAACCAAUCUAAUGAUAAACAAUCAGCACUAAUAUCAACAUUGAGAUUCCAUAAGGAAAAUGGGUACGGCCUUUCAUUUAAUCCAAACGAUAAAGGGAAGUUAUUAAGUGGAUCAGAUGAUGGAACCAUCGCUCUUUGGGAUAUUCAAGAAAAUUCCACAUUAGCAAAAAAACCACUGAAAAUAUGGGAUUCUGUUCAUAAUGAUAUCGUCAAUGAUUGUAAAUGGAAUGAAUUCAAUUCAAACGUAUUUGCUUCUGUCUCUGAAGAUUCAACUUUACAGUUACAUGAUCAAAGGGAACAGAACACCAUAAUUAAUUCAAUUAAAACAACAGAUCCUUUCAAUACAUUGGCAUUUAGUAAACAUUCUCAAUAUUUAAUGGCUGCUGCUGGUACAGAUUCACUAGUGUAUCUUUAUGAUUCUAGAAAUUUAUCUGUUCCUUUAUAUUCUAUGAACGGCCAUGAAGAUUCAAUAACUAAUUUGGAAUUCUCUCCUCAUACUGAUGGUGUUUUAAUUUCAAGCGGUAAUGAUAGAAGAGUCAUUAUGUGGGAUAUUAAUGAUAUCGGUGCUGAACAAAUUCCUGAUGAUGCAGAAGAUGGUGCUCCAGAAGUUAUAAUGAUCCAUGCAGGUCAUAGAAGUGCCGUUAAUGAUUUCUCCAUCAAUCCAAAUAUUCCUUGGUUAAUGGCAAGUGCUGAAGAGGAAAACAUCAUUCAAGUUUGGAAAUGUUCACAUAAAUUACCAAUAGUAGGUGGAACUCCAGAAGUGAGCGUCUCAAUACUUGAAUAG